AUGUGUGUGCAAGACGCAGAACAAGUCAGUGAGGGAAUGGAAAAUCAAGAGGCUUGGGCUUUGCAUUCUGAAUUAUCAUCUACCCAGAUGGAGAGUUGUGACAGGAACACUGCUUGUGAUCCUGUUGGUCUGGGAAAUUCAUUUCCGCUGGAAAGCAUUUGUGAGGAUACAGUUGUUGUGGAGAAGAAACAGAGCUUGUUAAGUAGCUUCAUCCCCGCCCUUCGAUCUGGGGAGUGGUCUCACAUCGGGCAAAGAUCUCAUAUGGAGGAUACUCACAUAUGUGUUGCAGACCUAGCUAAGAACUUUGGUUACAAUUCACUCAGUGAGGAAGCCAUCUCCUUCUAUGGAGUGUUCGAUGGGCAUGGGGGAAAGGGUGCUGCCAACUUUGUCCGUGACCAUUUACCAAGAGUCAUUGUUGAAGAUGCUGAUUUCCCUUUAGAACUAGAGAAAGUGGUCACAAGGUCAUUCAUCGAGACAGAUGCUGCCUUUGAAAAGUCAUGCUCUCUCGAGUCUGCCCUGUCUUCUGGCACAACAGCACUCACUGCAAUGAUAUUUGGCAGAUCUUUACUUGUUGCAAAUGCUGGAGAUUGUCGAGCAGUCCUCUCUCGACAUGGAGUGGCCAUGGAGAUGUCAAAAGAUCACAGGCCUUGCUGUGCCAAUGAAAGAAUGCGGAUUGAGUCAUUGGGUGGAUUCAUUGAUGAUGACUAUUUGAAUGGACAGUUAGGUGUUACCCGAGCAUUAGGUGAUUGGCACAUCAAAGGACUAAAAGAAGUUGGUGGAAGGGGUGGUCCGUUGAGUGCUGAACCAGAACUCAAAUUGGUCACCCUAACAAAAGAAGAUGAGUUUUUGAUAAUUAGUAGUGAUGGAAUAUGGGAAGUGUUUACAAGCCAAAAUGCAGUGGACUUUGCUAGAAGGAGACUGCAAGAGCACAACGAUGUGAAGCGUUGCUGCAAGGAAGUAGUGGAGGAAGCAAUGAAGCGGGGAGCAGAAGACAACUUGACUGUAGUGAUUGCUUGUUUUCACUCAGAGCGACCUCCCUCAGUUACGGUGCAAAGGACAAGAGUCAAAAGGAGCUUUUCUGCAGAGGCGAUUCAGAAUCUUAAAUUUUUGCUUGGAGAAUAG